AUGGCUCCGCAGACGCCGCAAGGCCUACCUAAUCCAUAUGCUACAAGCGGCCUUCCGAAUCCUUAUGCUGCGGCCACGGUCGCCUCGGCCGCGCCUGUCAAGUACACUGAAGAGCAGGCCAAGGCCGAGCAGCAGAGGAAAGCACCUGCUUUCCAUAACCCUCACAUCAUCAAGCGCCCGCAGCCGAAGAAGACUGGUCCCACCAUCAAGAAGGCUACAAUGCCUGCCGUGGUACCAAGCUCUGUCAAGCAGGCGCCGGCCGCGUCCACUGCUCAGCAACAUGGCAUUGACUGGUACCGGAGCACUGCAGAUGACGAUGCGGCCGUUAUGGAGGAGCGAAGACAGCGCCUCUAUGAGGAGAGGCAGAAGAAGAAAGAGCAGAAGAAGUUCAACAAGAUGUUUGGACAUUGGAAUCCUCAGGCACCACACAGGCCUGAGCGAUUUUCAAACCUGCGAGCCUACAGGGCCAGCGGCGGUUAUCAACGCAAAAAGGAGGGCUUCAAGGCCUUUCUGCGCAGCGCUGCGGAUCAAUCAAGGCCUUGUGGAGCGGGUGAAACUGAUGAGGAACCAAAAGCAUCCGAGAUGAAGGCGAAGCUAUCCUUUGCUCCACCUGCUUCGUAUAAUGAGCCCGCAAACAAAUCGCCUCAGGAACCUCCGCGCGCGUUCCCUCCACCGCCCUCGGUCGCUGAGGAAUACCCGCCGCCUCCACCUCCUCUACCCUCAGCCGCUGAAGAAUGCCCGCCGCCUCCGCCGCCUCCAGCUGCACCCACAUCAGCUUCCAUAUUCCAGAAUGCAACUAUUUCAGCAGCGCCAGUACGCUAUGCCAAUGCGACCAUUUCUGCGCCCCCAGUCCAUUACGAGCCAAAUGACGUACAAAUGCACGACGUCGACAACGAACACACCGACCAGGAGCGCCCCGCCAAGCGUCCCAAGAUAAGCAAAGCAGAAGCCAUGAUGGCGAAGAUGGGCUAUAAGAAGGGUCAAGGCCUUGGCAAGAACAGCGAUGGUGUCAUCACACACUUGGAAGUUAAGAAGCGCAAAGCGCAUCCCGGCGCAAGUUCGCUUGACGAUGAAGGCGGCAAGAUCAAAUCGCAACAGGUCUGGGAUGUCAGUGGCGGUAUGCGCACGCACAAGGAUGAGCCUGGCAAGUUUGGAGAAGAGUCGAGCGUGGUUGUCGCUUGGGGUUGUAUUGAUGGGGUAGACUGGGAUGCGAAUGCUGAGCGCAAUGAUGGUGGCAUAAGGCAGGACAUGGGCGAGGCUUUUAGCAACAAGUUCGGCCCUGUGGAACACAUUCGGCUCGAUGAAAAGAGCAAAGACGGCGCAGUCUACAUUCACUUCAAGUCCGUUCUCAGCGCGCUCAACGCUGUCAAUCGCUUCGACGAGGGCUUCGAGUUUCGAAACCGCAAGAUUCGAGCGCAAUACUAUGACGAGCGCAAGUUUCACGCUGGCAUCUUUGACCACUGA